CUCAAACUAACAGUCAACAUUGUAGUCAUGAUUCAGUGGAUCCUGUUAACUCUCUCAUCUCUGAUAAUCCAUCCGUCUCUAUCUAUCAUACCCAUACCGGGGAAGUACACUGUGGAUAACGAGUAUUGUGUUAUCAGAGAACCGAUUGAAUUCCGUGGGAAUUAUCAUUCGUGUAUUACAAUGAAGGAGGCUAUUAAACGAUUUCAACGACGCCUUCUCCAGGAAAAUUUUCCACAACUAACUGCAAACAAGACUUCCUGCAUCAUCGAUACGAUUUGGUUGACAAUUACACGGGGAUGUGAUGAGAGGGAAGCAGCACUGAGGCCAUCAAACACCAUGGACGAAUCAUGUAAGCAAUCACAUGCAUUUCUCUACACAGACAUCGAAAGAUUCCAUUGCCUUCAUAGGAGAUGACGUGAGUUUCACAGCUACUGAAGUAUGGGGAAUCCUACACGGAUUGGAAACCAUAUUACAACACAUAUACAGUGAUGACUGUGGUGCAAAAAUCAUACGAAAAUUCAUAGUGCAAGAUUCACCCAGAUUUCCACAUCGUGGACUCAUGCUAGACACAUCGAAACAUUUCCUCACC